AAAACUCUAUGGAAUUUUUAAUUACAUUUUUUUAUUUAAAUAAACGUGGUUUCUUGCGAAGUGAGCCGCGUGCGCUGCGAUUUUUGGGUAUCUUAAGUAUCCUAAUAUACCAAGUGUGAAGUGAAUGACCUACAUUGGGGCCGCGCCUUACCAAAUUGCACGCCUAGACUGAUCACUGAAGCGCGCAUGUCAGGCGUCAGCCGCCCUGCGUGUAAUGCAAUUGAUUUUUCCGAACGCUUCUUUGAUCGUUUCAUUGAUUAAUGCGAAGUCUUUUUCAAUAGACUUGUAAAACACCAAAUUAUAUGUAUCUGUACUAUUCGUGGUCUAGCCGCCCGACUCGGCUUCGGUCGUGUUAACCGGGACAUAAAGAUUAAAACUAUUACUGAGAAAAAUCAAAAACAUGAGGCAACUCAAAGCAAGUCUUUGGGUAGUAACGACUGGUUCUAUAUUGAUCACAUUCGUGAUAUAUCAUCUCUAUCGCACUCCGGUUGUGCCUCGCUCCCAGCGUCCAACUAGUGCCAUCACUACAGAAAAGAGUUCAGCUAGUCUUGAGGACGAUGCAGACUACAAACCUUUAAAGCACAUACCGCUUGAUGAAGUAUAUAAAAAUCCAUUGGAAAAUGACACGGACUACUCCUUGGAAAGAGAUGAAUACGCCAAAGCCCAAAUGAUAAAUACUGCAGGCUGCAAAAUUCCAUUAGCCAUGGUGUCUUUCGAGAAACGCGAACGAAAACCUAAGCUAGACGUAUGUGGACAGCGAGCUGUGUUUUUAAAUAAAAUAGAUCUCGACCGGGUCCGUGUUACAGUCAAUGACCAUAUUCUGAAGAAGAAUAUGAGCUACAGCAAUUAUCGCUGCUGCCUACGGUUUUACAUAAAAGCUGAAGGAGAAAAUGAAAACAUAAAAAGAAAUUUUGUCUAUUAUAGAUACUCCAGUUGCUAUAAAUGUGAAGAUGGUGAUACGUUUGCUUUGGAAAGCGACUUUAUCAAUGUACAAUGUUUUGGUUAUGAUGACCAAAAUGAAUCGCAUAUGAUUUAUGAAGACAUGUACGCUUUCGCAAAACAAAAAACUCCACCUCAAGUGAAGAAAGAUUGUGACGAGAAAUACAAUAUACUGAUGUUGGGGAUGGAUUCCAUGUCCUUACCUAGAUUUGUUCAAACUAUGACUGAUACGGUUCUAUUUAUGAAAAACAACUUUUGGUUAAAUUACAGGGGAUAUCAUAAGGUGGGAGAUAAUACAUUUCCUAAUUUGAUGGCAGCUUUGACGGGCUUAAAUAUGACACUUGUUUCCGAUAAAUGCUAUGGUCAAAUGGAUGGUUGCAAUGAUCUUAUGAUUUGGAACACAUUUAAAGAGUCCGGCUACAUUACAGCAUAUGGUGAAGAUCAUUUGACGCUUCCAGAUACAUUUAGUAAGAAUUACACGUUCAAAUUUCCUCCGACCGAUCAUUACAUAAGACCAUUCUUCCAAUUAGCUGAGAAGACAAAGAAUGUCGAUGGUGUUCCAUACAUGUGUUCAGGAAAAGCAACCUCGGGACAACAAUUAUUGGACUACGCAUAUGACUUCGUAACAACUUACAAAAAUGACUCGUUUUUCGGACUAUUCUGGAUGAACUCUUUUAGUCACAACCCCAUGAAUCGACCUGAGGAUGCAGAUAAAAUGUUUGAAAACUUUUUCAACCGUCUCUUUUAUACUGGAGCUUUAUCCAACACAUUCGUUAUAUUCUUUAGUGAUCAUGGAUUACGUUUCGGUCCAAAUCGUUACAAAGUGGAAGGUUACUAUGACGACCGCAUGCCAUUUUUGUUCAUUUUACCACCAACAACAUUUAAGUCGAAACAUCCAGAAAAGUAUAAAGCAAUGGCAAUCAAUCAGUUCCGAUUGAUGACUCCUUACGACCUAUACUACACAAUGCUAGAAGUGUUUCGCAUGGGUCUAUGUAAAACUUCGCGUACUCUGACCGUACCAACGGUAUUUCAUAAACAUCAAAGCAUUUUUAGUGUCAUAACCGGAAAUCGCACUUGUCAAGACGCUCGCAUUCACGAUAAGUGGUGUAGUUGUCACAAAUUGUUUCCUCUCGACGAGCAUGAUACGGAAGGUUCAAAGGCGAUUCAAUUUGUAUUUGCCAGCGUUCAGAAUAAAUCUUUGUCGGUUGUUACUAAACCUUGUACCACUUGCAACAGUAUGAAGCUUGAUAAAGUUGUCCGCAUACAUUUUUACUAUGACAAUGAUAAGGUAAAUCUGUACUAUGUUAUCGCAAUCAAAAUAGUUCCGGGCGAUGUUAUUUACGAAGCGACUGUUUUGCGCCAGGAAUCUGAUAUGGAGAUCGUCGGACCAAUUAAUAUUUUAACUGUCUACAAAGGUCUCGGUUCUUGUUCUUUGCGCCAUAAAGAUCGCAUUUUCUGUAUCUGUAAGAACGAUUGUUAGGUAAGCUUAAUGUAAGUCUACUAUCAUGUUUAUUAUAAGUAACGUUUUGAAACUCCUAUUAACUUUGUAAUUCUAUACUGUUGUUCAUAAUAUAAUUUAAGAUUUUAUUAAAUUUUUUACAACUAAAUUAACGAACAAUGAUUUCGUUUGUCUGUGAUACUUUAUACUUAACUAUAAUUUUUUUAUGCCAGUAUUCAAGUAGACGUCCUGAAUUAGAUAUUUUUGUAAUUUAGUUUUUAAAUGCUUCAAUUUUUCUAUUUAUUUUUAUAAAAGUAUACUCAUAUACCUACUAGUAAUGUAAUCAUAAUAAUAACUGAA